AUGGCCGUGGUUAUCCUACCCCUCUUCCUCCUCCUCCUUCCUUUCGCCGCAGCCCAAGGACCAUGGCAAUACUGCGGCACUGGCGGCACCUACACAUCAAAUAGCAUCUACCAAGCCAACCUCAAGCUCCUCUCGUCCACCCUCCCCAAGAAGGCCGCGUCCAACACAACCCUCUUCGCCACCGACACCAUCGGUAAUCUUCCAGACAUCAUCUUCGCCCUCGCGCUGUGCCGCGGAGACUCCAACGCCUCCGCCUGCGAGGGCUGCCUGGCUACCGCCUUCCAGGAUGGGGAGCAGCUUUGCCCGUACAGUAGGGACGCCAGCAUAUACUACCAUUCCUGCAUGCUCAGGUUCUCAAACACCAAUUUUCUCCCCACCAUGGUCGAUCAAAGUUGGAAAACCGUGGAGAGCUCACACAAGUUCAACACCAGCAUUGACUCCAACUCCACCAGGCAAUUGUUGUUCACGCUUAUCAACAGCACGGCCCAAUCCGCCGCGAACAGCUCGAGGAGGUUCAUGACCUCGCGCUUGGACGUCAGAUCCUUCCCGGCGGUGUACUGCCUUAUGCAGUGCACGCCCGAUCUGAGCGCCAGCGACUGCGCUUUCUGUUUCGGGAGUAUCUCAAAGCUCAUGUUCUGGUACAUAAACGGACCGCAAGGUGACCCAAUCAUGGGGACACGGUGUAACAUGAGGUACGAGAUGUACCAAUUCUUCCGAGGGGAUCCCAUGAUGCGUAUUACUGCAGCUGUGGCGCCACCGGUUGGAGGAAGGACUGUCGAACAAAACAAACGCAACUCACACAAGAGGGUGAUGUGGAUUAUUGUUGCGGCCGCACCAUUGCUGACAAUACUACUCUGCUCUAUUGGUUGUGUUGUAUGGAAGAGAAGACGAAGAAGAGGAAUGGUAAACUUAUACAAUCAAGGUGCCACACAAAGGCCAGGAGAAGAAGAUGCAAUGGUUUUGAGAUUGGAAGAGAAGGGUUCAAAGUUGACUAUUUUUCUCUUAUCGGAGAUAUUACAUGCCACAUGCAACUUUUCAGAAGAAAAUCGUCUUGGUCAAGGUGGUUUUGGCCCUGUCUAUAAGGGUAAUUUGCCAGAUGGGACAGAGAUUGCAGUUAAAAGGCUUGCCUCACAUUCAGGACAAGGAUUUAUGGAAUUCAAAAAUGAAGUUGAACUAGUUGCAAAACUGCAACACAAUAAUUUGGUCAAGCUCUUGGGAUGUUGCAUCCAAGGAGAUGAAAAACUUUUGGUGUAUGAAUAUUUGCAUAAUAAGAGCUUGGACUUCUUUAUUUUUGAUGGAAAUGGAAAAGCUUAUGUUGACUGGACUAAAAGACGUGUCAUAAUCGAAGGGAUAGCCCAAGGUCUUCUGUAUCUCCACAAGCACUCUCGGUUGCGCAUCAUACACAGAGACCUUAAGGCCAGCAACAUUCUGUUGGACGAGGACAUGAAUCCUAAAAUUUCAGAUUUUGGCCUAGCAAAAAUUUUCAGGUCGAUUGAUCCUGAAGGAAGAACAAAGAGGAUAGUGGGAACAUAUGGUUACAUGUCUCCCGAGUAUGCCUCCAAAGGAAUUUACUCUUUCAAAUCCGACGUGUUCAGUUUUGGUGUGUUACUUCUUGAGAUCCUUAGCGGAAAAAGAAAUCAUGGUUUCCAUCAACAUGAAGAAUUUUUUGACCUCCUUGGAUAUUCAUGGCAGCUCUGGAAAGGAGGAAGAUAUCUUGAGCUUUUAGAAGAAUCAAUUGCUACGGAGAUACAUAUAAAAGAUGCUCGGAGGUACAUUAAUAUUGCAUUGAUGUGUGUACAAGAUCACACAACUGAUCGACCCACCAUGUCAAAGGUCGUUGCAAUGUUAAGCAGUGAGAGUGUUAUUCUUCCAGAACCUAAUCAACCGGCAUACUUCAACCUAAGGGUAUCAAAGGUGGGCGAUUCGCCUAGUGUUGUUGCUCUCUGCAGUAAUAAUAAUGUAACCAUCACUGCAGAGCCAUAUGGAAGAUAGUUGAUCAUUAUGCUUCAGUUUUAAAUUUAAAACCUAGCAACGAGGAUAAUGCAAGUUGUACACACUAAUUGUAAAGUAUUUUUGGAUAUACAUAUGGGCCAGCCCAUAUUCCUUUGGUCUACACGGUCCUAUACCGCAUCCAACCUACAACAUCCAGGAGAAGAGGCCCACAUCAAGAGCUCAACCAAACUAUUUAGUUGUGCUACACGGGAUCCAUAUUAUAAAGUCUCGUAUGAUCUUGUGAUCACACCAGUGAAUAAAGU